AUGAGAAACGUUUUUUCUUUGAAUUUAUUCUUGAAAAAGCCUUUUUACCAACCAACUUACGGAAAACUACUUCGAGUUGCUUGUAAACGGCGGAUUCAUGGAUUCACUGAUGGGCUUGAAAAUAUUAUCGAAACAAAAGUUUCUGAAACUGAUGUUAGUAAACGCAUAUCUGGUCAAGAGUUGACGUACAAAGGGAAAAAUGAGCGUGUCAUAUUUUCAGCCAAUCAAGUUAGUGUCAAUCGCCCGGUCGAAGAUAGGUGGAUGGCUUCUCAUUUUGGUGAAGGGGAUUUUAGUUCUCUUACUCUCAGCGACCACAAACAAUCGAACGAUGAGAAAUCGGUUUAUGGUGGUACAAUAUUUACAGUUGUUGAUGGGCAUGGUGGACAUGCUUGUGCUCAUGCAGUCAAUUUGCUACACAGUGAUUACAUAAUUUCUGGUCUUCUACCUCCAAAAGUUUCUGAAGUUGCUUUACGAAAUCUCCACCAAAUUAAGGAGUUACGUACUCCGCGUUCAAUUUGUGAGUUGGCGGUCACAUUGUGGAUGACUUCUGGUGCAGUGGUUACCGGGGAAUCUGAACGUAUCGAGUUCGGUUUGAAAGCGGAUAUAAAUUCCAGAUUUCCCAAUCCUAAUCUGACUUCUAUGCAUAGUCAGCCUAGUGUUAGCUGGGGGCCUUGGGGUCCCUGGGGCCCUCUACCGUUAUCUGUUCGUGAUGCACAUACUGGACAUAUCAGUAAAUUUCUUGAAGAAUUACUGUCAACCUGUGAUGAAAGGGAGUUUUUCUUCAGUGAUAAUAGUGAGGGUGAUAUGAUUGAUCCAGAUGGGUUCAUUACUGCUCCAUUAAAUGCGAUUAAGGAAACUGUCAUGAAAUACUCCGAGCCUUCGUCUUCGUUAAGGCGAUCAGAAGAUCCCACUUUGUCCUCAGACUUCGAUCAGUCUGUUGAUGAUUUGCGCAACUAUGUAGCGGCUACUGCUUGGGCCCUGAGGAACGGUCUUCUUCGAAUGGAUCUGGAUAUGUCCUUGGCAGCAUGCCCUACUUUCCAUGGUCCUGUGUUAGACAAAGCUUUAUUACGUGUUGUGUUUGCUGGCUGUGUAGCAACCUCGGUCUAUAUACCUCGACAUCGAAAAGAAAUUUUUGCUGCUCAGGUAGGUGACUGUGGGGCUGUAAUUGGAAGUUAUUCACCUCCUUGUGAAGUUCCAGUUACAAUUCCAUCUUCGAUAGACAUCUACACUCAAACCUCUGGGGAAUAUACUAGAGAGCAUUGGGAAGCCAAGCUAUUGAUUCCUCCUCAUAUAUCUGAAAAUGAAGCAGAUGUUCGGAGAAUUAAAUCUAGUCAUCCUGUCCAUGAAGCUGAAUUUAUAAUCCGAGAUGAUCGACUUCUUGGUGAAUUAAUGCCUUUACGUGCAUUUGGAGAUAUUCGUUUCAAAUGGUCAACAGAUGAUUUAAAGAACAUCGCACGCUUAUUGGAUCUCCCCCCUAAUUAUCCUAUUUCUCCACGUUUUUAUGCCAGUCCACCCUAUUUAGUCGCUACACCUCAAGUUUUGUGGAAACCUCUUUCUCCACUUUGUGAUCACUUCUUAAUCUUGGGGACAGAUGGCUUGUGGGAUAUGAUUUCACCAGCAGAGGCUGUGCAUGUGGUUGCUCGUCAUUGGUAUGAUUAUAAAGGUAAUCCAUCUUGUGGUUCUGGGGAUACUGCUGCUAGUCGUUUAAUUCGAACUGCACUUGGUGGUACAGAAAUGAAUUCCGAACAAAUAGCCUUACACUUUUCAAUGCCAGCUUCUUUAGCUAGAUAUUAUCGGGAUGAUAUUACUGUUAUAGUUGUUUACUUACCUACUGCUUUCUGCGAUUCUUCGUAA